AUGACCGCAGAUUUAAGGACCUCCGCAAGGCUUCAGGCUGGAGCAUCCUCCAGCCAGAUCCCCCGGCUAGGUCUUACCUCCACAACGUUCUUGCACGGUAUCUCUCUGGGUCUGCCUGCGUUGGAGCGAGAGUUACAUCGGUUCUCCCCUACGGCAGUCCCUUGGAAGCCCCCUGCCCGAAAGCGCCCAUGGAUCGUCGAUAUCAGCAUCAUCCCUGGCCUGAAUAUAUGUCCAUCAGCCCCAAAACCAGACACCAAAUCACGGCCAGACCACCAUUAUUCAACAUUUGAUACGCACGAUGACCCAAAUCGCCAAAAUGAAACAAGCAGCUAUCUCAGCCAAUCAAGUCGUUGCUAUCGGCAAAAACUAGCUUCCCAAGCCCACUCAUGCUUUCUUUUUUUCAGUUUGCUUGCGUGCCCUCCUCCCCCAUUUUUUUUCGCGAAGUUCCUCCUCCACGAAUUAGCUCAUCCACUAACCAGGACGGCUGAGCACGAGCUCGUGACGAUGGUGAUAGUGCACGCUAUGGUGGUCACAGCUUUUGGUGAUAGUCAGGAAAGACGAGACAGGAGCACUAUACAUUUCCAUUUCCUUGAUAUUGGAACUACGAGCAGGAAUAAAUAA